AUGACGAUGUUCUCACCCAAGACCAAUGUUCAGAAGAAGACCCCAGGACCUACAAAGACCAACAAGAAGAUGUAAGCAGACCACCAUGUCCAGAUAUAUUUAUGGCUGGCCGGUUGCUCAGACAGUACAAUGCCUAGACCUGGCCUAAAAAGUACUUUCAUGGAAAAUCUUCAAUGAACAUGCUUUUAGACAAGGAGUAGGAUUAGUCCUAGUCUGGGAAUCCGGCCCUUUGUUUUGUACAACAUUUCUGUAGUUUUUUUCUAUAUGAAUAUCAACAUAAUUCUGCUUUAUUUUAGAGGAUGUCUCUUUAGUGAUUACCCAGGAGACACUGCAGCACCCAGUGUCCCACACACUAACCUCAGUACAGUCAAAACCCCUACACCAGUUUGCUGCUUUCAAUACUCGGGUAACUCUCUCUCUCUCUCUCUCUCUCUCUCUCUCUCUCUCUCUCUCUCUCUCUCUCUCUCUCUCUCUCUCUCUCGCUCGCUUUCUUUCUCUCUUUUUACCAUACUUUCAAAUGUUCUGUUUUUGCUUUACCAAGAAUCAUACAAGCUAAUAUAUUGGGUUAAUAUAUAUAUAUAUUUUUUUGUCUUCUCUGCCCAGGAGAUGGAAAGCAGAUUCUGUGUGGUCUGGGAGACAGAUCUGUAUUGUUGUACAAGUCCUCCCUCACAGGCAGUCCAGCAGUUUACACAGGUAGUGGGGCAAGAACACACACACUCACACACACACACUGAUUAGAAACCUCUCAAGCUGUGUUUAUUUGACCUCAAGACAGUGUUUUGGUCCACUGUUCCCUUUUCCUCCUUUUCACUCUCCUUUCAAAUAAGUCUCAGCAAAAAAGCAAAGCAGCCGAAACCUUAAAACCCAAAGAACAGGACGGAGUGUGGUUUUUGAUUAAUGGUUAUUUGUUUUAUUAUUUAUUGAACCACCGUUUUUGUUUAUCUAUCUCGCCUGUCGAUCAUGUUGAGGAAUGACGUUCUAGCUCUGAGGAGAAUCCACGCAACUGACUGGUAAUGUUUUUUCUGCCGCUGUGGAGAGGAUUGUUUUUCUUUCUCUCCCACUUUAUUGCUGAGGGUGAAGCUUAGUUACUAUAUGGCUGACAAUUAAAGAGAGGAACUGAGCUUAUAACCCUGUUUUUAGAAGCCUAGUGGAAAACAGACUAAAUCACUACCUAGCUUAUUUUCACACUGUUCUCAGCCCAAGCUAUCCAAGCCCCAAAGUCUUCCCUAUCCAUGAUGAAGUAGUAUCCUGCACCAGAGUCACAUUCACUUUAAAAUCUUACAGGCUUUUUAGCCUGUAUGCUAGGAACUGUUUGAUGGAGUGAGUGUUGCUGGCCUUUGCCUUAAUGCUGCAUUACUGUUUUCAUAUAUAGCGUGAAUUAAGUGAAUACUCUUCAGAAUGCUAUUUGAACUCAACUAUUAUCAGAGAUUUUCUUUACUGUUGAUACAGGGUAGGCUUAGCCUAUGAUGAUUUACUUAUUUAAUCUGGGAUUGUAAACGAUACUGGAAACAGGUCCAGAGGCUCAAGAUGAAAGGCUUCAGGUGAAGAUCCAAACAUCCACCCAUAUCCUCUAACUUCUAGAUUUAAACAAAUUACCUCCUGGUGAUGGUGAAGCAUUAUCUGGUUCUCUGCCACAAGGUGAGCGUGAGUUAGGUGUUUGAUAAAUGUUGUCUUUUACCUUCUUCCGAGAAAGAGAAGGACUUAUCGACGGUUUGGAAAGAAGGGAGAAAGAUGUGUUGCGCUCUCCUCCGCAGAUGGGCACUACAACAACAUGUCUUCCUAACCGCUUCUGGAGUUAAUUUAAGAUAUUGCUCAACAGUUGCACUCCAUCUCACCCACAACCUCCCUCACGCUCGCACGCACGCACACACACACACAAAUCCCUGACGCUUGCUUUGAUAGUUCCAAGACACUAUCGCUAAAAGCAUUCUCUUGGAGGUGAAUUGUGUUGAUUUAUAGAGCUGUCUAUAGUCAGAAGAACACAGGAUUCUAAAUAUCUGGCCCUGCCAUCCACACACAAACGCCAGUCAGACAGUCAGUCAGUGUGGUUGGGUUCUUAACAGCUAAGACAGAGACUAGUAUGGCCUGUCAGUGUAUGUCAUACAUCAAUGAAAGGAUGGGUGGUUUGGCAUACUGUAGGCCAGGGCUUGGGUAGGUGCUGUUAGACUGGCUCCACUAGAGGACAGUACUGUAGGCCAGGGCUUGGGUAGGUGCUGUUAGACUGGCUCCACUAGAGGACAGUACUGUAGGCCAGGGCUUGGGUAGGUGCUGUUAGACUGGCUCCACUAGAGGACAGUACUGUAGGCCAGGGCUUGGAUAGGUGCUGUUAGACUGGCUCCACUAGAGGACAGUACUGUAGGCCAGGGCUUGGGUAGGUGCUGUUAGACUGGCUCCACUAGAGGACAGUACUGUAGGCCAGGGCUUGGGUAGGUGCUGUUAGACUGGCUCCACUAGAGGACAGUACUGUAGGCCAGGCUUGGAUAGGUGCUGUUAGACUGGCUCCACUAGAGGACAGUACUGUAGGCCAGGCUUGGAUAGGUGCUGUUAGACUGGCUCCACUAGAGGGCAGAGGGUCAUUAUAAUAGUUCUCUCCUGUGACUGAGACUAAAGACAUGACAGUGUUCCUAGAGCAGUGGAUGUAUAAAAGUAAAUGUCAGUGUCUGUGCGGAUGUUGUUGUAAGCUUCACUCUGUUUAGCUGUCCAAUACUCUGGUUUCAGGUUCACUAUUGUGGUUUUAAUUAAUACCCUUUUCACAUUACUAAGCCAAGCUAGCCAUAAUAUAGUUUCUGGAACUUUUCUGGAAAAGACAAUAGCUACGUACAAAAUGGCACCCUAUUCCUUAUGUAGAGUACUACUUUUGUCUGUGUCCUUAUGAAGCUCUGGCCAAAAGUAGUGGACUAGGGAAUAGGGUGCCAUUUGAGAAACUAUCAGAGCCAGUACAUGGCAUUACAGCUUGGGUUAGCACAAUGAAAAUGUAUGUGUGUCUUUCGGAGGGGUUGGGAUAAAGUGGAAGUCAAAUUUCGGUUGAACUUUGUGUACAUUUGACAAAUAAAGUGAUCUUAUUCUUAAAAAGGUACUAGGCUCACUCACUACUGCUGUUUCAUCAACUCCUUGUACUUGUCCAUCAACUCCAGGCUGACUCAGCACAACUCUGGAUGUGUUUGCAGGUCAUGACAAGCCAGUGAGCAGUGUGGACUGGAGUCACAGCAGACAGUGGUGGCUGAGUGCCUCAGAAGACAGAACCCUCCGCAUCUGGCCUACUGGAAGUCCUGAGCCUGCCGUUACCAUGGUAAACACUCAGCACACAUACAGAAGGCACUAGUAAUUCCACCUUUGAAAGUAAACAUUUUGUUGACCAGAUUUGUUGUACACUGAGUGUACAAAACAUUAAGAACACCUGCUGUGACAAAAUUGUUCUAUCAUCAUGGCAUAAUCACUUUCCUACUCAGGUUUUUACAGUGUCCAUGAUGUGAAAAGCCUCAUGGGAUAGUAAAAGCCUAGUUAAUGAGGUUGAUGACAUACUGUGUCUCUUGGCCCGGCGUUGUGUGAUGAUGUAAGAGGGAACAUCUGCACAGAACUCUGCUCGUCUGUCUAUCUGUUUGUCUGUUGGCUAAAGAUGCAGAGCAGUGAGUAUGUGCAGAUCCUCUUCACUCCCUAACUGGACAUCACACUCUCCUAGAAGUCCCAGAACAUUUUACUCAAAUCAAAGUUUAUUGGUCGUGUGAAAUGCUUAUGAUACUGUAUAUAUCUUUCCUUUAUAUCCCCAUGCUUUCCAGGGUGGGGAUCAGUUCCAUUUCAAUUCAGUCUGAAUUCAAUUCCAAUUUUCCCAAAGACUGCUUUAAUAGUUUUGAUAGAAGCUUCUGACAAUUGGAGACAGGGCAACAAAGUUUGUUUGUCUCCAGAGUGGUUUAGAGCACGUUGUGACGUUUCAUUUUGCCAGCGUAGUCUGAUGCUUUUUUAAAGCUCCCCUCAGCUGCUCAGCUGCUGCUAACCAUCCCAGCUUAUCUCUUCUAAAUGAGGAGAUCCUAGACUUGGCAGGAACUCCAGCAGUUUGUCUAUUUGUCGUGAACUGAAGCAGUUUAAUUAAGCAUCUUGGCAACAACAAAGACAUGUAACUUGGGGAGGGAAACUAUGCAGGGUGACGAAUUAUUGCAUAUGGCUUUAAAAUGUCUGUGUAAUGAAGCUCCACUAUCUAUCAGGCGUUGGAAUUGGUUCAGGGAACAGAACCGGGAAAGAAAGUGAUCUCUAGUGUUCCGGAACAGAACCGUUAUUUUCAAAUCUUGAGAACCGGUUAAUAAUGUUAUUUUUUGUUCCAAACAUUUUCGUAAUGUUUAAACCCCCUAAGGAGACUGAAAAUAUUUGGCAUGAGUCCUCAGAUCCUCAAAAGGUUCUACAGCUGCACCAUCGAGAGCAUCCUGACUGGUUGCAUCACUUCCUGGUAUGGCAACUGCUCGGCCUCCGACCGCAAGGCACUACAGUGGAGCAGGUUGAGAGCUUCAAGUUCCUUGUAUCCACAUCACCAACAAACUAACAUGGUCCAAGCACACCAAGACAGUCGUGAAGAGGGCACGACAAAACCUAUUCCCCCUAAGGAGACUGAAAAGAUUUGGCAUUGGUCCUCAGAUCCUCAAAAUGUUCUACAGCUGCACAAUCGAGAGCAACCUGACUGGUUGCAUCACUGCCUGGUAUGGCAACUGCUUGGCCUCCGACCGCAAGGCACUACAGAGGGUAGUGCGUACGGCCCAGUACAUCACUGGGGCCAAGCUUCCUGCCAUCCAGGACCUCUAUCAAAUGGCUACCCAGACUAUUUGCUUUGUCAUGAUGUUCAGCGCUUCAAGCCAAGCCCCCUCCAUGUCCACCCCUCUCUUGCUCUCUCCCCACCGGUGAAAUUUCAGUCUCAUCUCACGCCUGCCUUAUCUGACCAGUCAAACAUGUAAAUAACUAGCUUAGGUGUUUCAUAGCAAGCUUCUGUAUCUGUGCUAAUGGGUCGAGUAAAUUAAUUAGCUAUUUUGUAAAAAACCAUGUUGAUUUCACAGGUUUAAAAAAAAGAACAAAAAGGGACUAUAUGAACCGUAAUGUUUUUGAGGUUCGAACUGGUUUAGAACUUUAUUUUCUGGUCGGAACAAACUGUCAUCCAUUCCGCAUCAAAGUUGGUGAUUUUCUGAUUAGGAUUGCAAAACUCCAGAAACUUUCCCAGGUUUUUCAAGAAUUUCUGUUACAUUAGAUAGGCUAUAUAACGUUGCAGCUCCUACAAGCCCUGGGGCUAAGCGCCUGAUGAGGCAUGACGGCCUAUAAUCACUUGGUUUGUUUUUUGGCCCUGAAAAACGCUUCACCCUUCCCCUCUCUUCCCCUCCUUUCCACUCUCUUCUACUCUCUUUCCCUCUCUUUCUCUCUCUUCCUCUCUUUCCCAUAAAAGCAUCAAAGAUAUGAAAAGAGUGGCUUAAAAAAAGAUAACCACAUAACUGCUCCACAACGAGAGCAUAGCAUGCUGACGAGGACAGGCCCUCUCCCUCUCUGCUUCAAUCCAAAGGAUAUUCUUUCAUGAGUCUCUUUUUCCACACGGAAAAUAGACAUUCCUGUGUCUUACUGACUUUGAGGCCAGGGAAAACUCCUCACAAAGCGUUUUAAAGGGAGAAAAAGAGAGGGGGAAAGAGAGAGAGAGGGAUUUCUGAAUGCAACCAACCCUCCUAUUACGAUUUAAACCCAUCUAUUAAAAGGGUAAAUCUAUUUAAUGCACAUAUGGUAUCAGGCCUUGAAAGUAGAGGCUCAUAGAGCAAGAAUUCUAUUCCAAUAGUUGUUUCAAGGUUAUUUGAGGCUAUUUUAAAUAACUUAUCAUAAUAACCCAUAUUAAACUAUGUGUAUUUCACAGUCAUCAUCUGGUUGGCCCUCAUCUGAGAGGGAUCUGAUGCAAGAUAAUUCAAGUUAUUCAUCAGGUAGUGAUUGGUUUGGUAACACUUAACCAAACACACUUUUGGUAACGCUUCAUAACUUGUUAUAAGCCUUUAUAAUUAUUUGUUUCUCCCAUUCCUUCAGGGGGGUGAUGAGAAGUUCUCCAAACCCAUCCGGGGGGCUCAGUUCUACUACCUGGAUAAGUUCCUGUUACUGGCAUCUGGUCCCUCACUACACCUCUACCUGUAUCACCUGGACAACACACGGGACGACAUUAAAAGGUAAGGAUAUGAAAGAUAGAAAAGUAGAUAGAUUGAUAGAAGUUGCCUCUGCUGACGUAUGACCCCUCCUUACACCGGUACCUCUAUCACCUGGCUGGAUAUCACACAGGAUGACAUUAAAAGGUAAUGAUAGGAACAAUAUUUUAAUGAUAGGACUGACAUUUGAAUUAUAUGAACAACACAUACUCAUCUGCCAUUGGGUCGUCUGGUGGAUAGGGCAACAAAAGGUUCCCAACCUCUGGCUGUCCUUGGUCAUCUUCUCCACUGUGCCCCAGUUACAUUUACAUUUUACAUUUUAGUCAUUUAGCAGACGCUCUUAUCCAGAGCGACUUACAGUUAGUGAAUACAUAUAUAUAUUUUUUAUACUGGCCCCCCGUGGGAAUCGAACCCACAACCCUGGCAUUGCAAACGCCAUGCUCUAUCAACUGAGCUACAUCCCUGCCGGCCAUUCCCUCCCCUACCCUGGACGACGCUGGGCCAAUUGUGCACCGCCCAUGAGUCUCCCGGUCGCGGCCGGCUGCGACAGAGCCUGGAUUCGAACCAGGAUCUCUAGUGGCACAGUUAGCACUGCGAUGCAGUGCCUUAGACCACUGCGCCACUCAGGUGCUAAUGGUGUUGGAGCUCAGUCUCCAUCGUUCUAUUGUACAUUUCAACCAAACAUUUAUAAUGCCAACUCAGCUAAGAAACACUCAUCUUUGAUUGCAUCUGAGAGGAGGCUACUGUUUUUAUUUUUUAUUUUCUUCUGACCAUGGAUAUCAACAGAUAUUUAUCCUAUGUGUCAUCCCAACAAUUUAUACUGAAAAAAAAAGUAAAUUGUUGAUCUCAUGUUUCAUGAGCUAAAAUAAAAUAUCCCAGAAAUGUUCCAGACGCACAAAAAGCUUCUUUCUCUAAAAUGUUGUGCACAAAUUAGUUUACAUCCCUGAUAGUGAGCAUUUCUCCUUUGCCAAGAUAAUUCAUCCACCUGACAGGUGUGGCAUAUCAAGAAGUUGAUUAAACAGCAUGAUCAUUACACAGGUGCACCUUGUGCUGGAGACAAUACAAGGCCACUCUAAAAUGUGCAGUUUUGUCACACACACAAUGCCACUGAUGUCUCAAGUUUUGAGGGUGCAUGCAAUUGGCAUGCUGACUGCAGGAAUGUCCACCAGAGCUGUUGGCAGAUAAUUGAAUGUUCAGCUCUCUACCAUAAGCCGCCUCCAACGUCGUUUUAGAGAAUUUGGCAGUACGUCCAACCGGCCUCACAACCGCAGACCACGUGUAACCACGCCAGCCCAGGACCUGUGGGAUCGUCUGAGACCAGCCAUGCAGACAGCUGAUGAAAUUGAGGAGUAUUUCUGUCUGUAAUAAAGCCCUUUUGUGGGGAAAAACUCAUUCUGAUUGGCUGGGCCUGGCUCCCCAGUGGGUGGCCAGCCUGGCUCCCCAGUGGGUCCCCAGUGGGUAGGCCCACCCAUGGCUGCGCCCCUGCCCAGUCAUGUGAAAUCCAUAGAUUAGGGCCUAAUUUAUUUUUUUCAAUUGACUGAUUUCCUUAUAUGAACUGUAACUCAGUAAAAUCAUUGAAAUUGUUGCAUGGUGCGUUUAUAUAUUUUUUCUGUAUUGUUAGUUGACAGCCACAUCACAGUCACAUACUUAACUGCAUUCCUGAAAAUAACUUCUGAGAACACAUUCAGAGAGAGAGAGAGAGCGCAAAGGACAAGAGUUGGCUCUCUUCACUUCCUGUUAAUGAUCAAACCAACACGAUUAUAUUCUACAGUAUCAUGUAAACAUGUCCUGACUGGGGUAUGGAAUGCACGUGAGAAGACCACCAACGAGGAGAUAGCCAUGCCAUAACAACCAUGCCCACCGCUUUAGCUGAGAAACGCUAAGCAAGGGGACAUUGAUUCAAAAUCCUAUUUUCCCUAACCCUAACACCUAACCCCUAACCCCUACCCCUAACCCCUAACCCUAACCCAUAACCCCUACCCCUAACCCUAACCCCUAACCUUAACACCUAACCCCUAACCCUAACCCCUAACCCUAACCCCUAACCCCUAACCCUAACACCUAACUAAUUGUAACUCUAACUCUUAUUGUAACCAUUUCCUCCAGGUUGAGUCUCUCUCCACAGAGCACGAUGCCUACAUUAUCAUUUCCUCCAGACUGAUUCUCUCUCUCCACAGAGCACGAUGCCUACAUUAUCAUUUCCUCCAGACUGAUUCUCUCUCUCUCCACAGAGCACGAUGCCUACAUUAUCAUUUCCUCCAGACUGAGUCUCUCUCUCCACAGAGCACGAUACCUACAUUAUCAUUUCCUCCAGACUGAUUCUCUCUCUCCACAGAGCACAAUGCCUACAUUAUCAUUUCCUCCAGACUGUGUCUCUCUCUCCACAGAGCACGAUGCCUACAUUAUCAUUUCCUCCAGACUGAGUCUCUCUCUCUCCACAGAGCACGAUGCCUACAUUAUAAUUUCCUCCAGACUGAAUCUCUCUCUCCACAGAGCACGAUGCCUACAUUAUAAUUUCCUCCAGACUCAGUCUCUCCACAGAGCACGAUGCCUACAUUAUAAUUUCCUCCAGACUGAGUCUCUCUCCACAGAGCACGCUGCCUACAUAUUCAUUUCCUCCAGACUGAUUCUCUCUCUCCACGGAGCACGCUGCCUACAUUAUCAUUUCCUCCAGAUUGAGUCUCUCUCCACAGAGCACGCUGCCUACAUGAUCAUUUCCUCCAGGUUGAGUCUCUCUCCACAGAGCACGCUGCCUACAUGAUCAUUUCCUCCAGGUUGAGUCUCUCUCGACAGAGCACGCUGCCUACAUUAUCAUUUCCUCCAGAUUGAGUCUCUCUCGACAGAGCAUGUUGCCUGCAGUACCAUAUAAUGGCUAGCAUGGCUAGCAGUCGUCAGUUCAACACCACUUAUUGGGGUGUGAGGCAAUAUUUUUAGGUCAGGACCCGUAUUCAUUCAAAGUCUCAGAGUAGGAGUAGUAAGUCAGGAUCAUUCUUGUCUUUUAGAUCACAAUGCCCAACUAUUUUGAGACACUUUUUGAAUAUGGGCCCGCAUCUGACUUUAAUUGCUAAGUACCCAGACUUGAAGCUUACAGUAAAUAUCUAAUUACCACGAUUUAACUCCAAGCACAAGUCUAUCUCUAUUCUUGUUCAGGUACCGGCAGAGGAGUACCAUCAAACUGACAAGAUGUUUGGAGACAAAGUCAGGAACAGACAUCACUGCUGUGUCAGCCAUCAACGACUUCUACUCCUGUAUCCUUCGUCACACAAUCCAGUGAUCACUGUAACUGGAAAAUAUAGGAUCAGCUAUCCACUCUCUCCUCAAUCAGAGGUAGCAGUUCAUUCAUGUCACCCUAGUCUUAGAUCAUUGUUACCAAAAGCAUUAAUCUACCGUCAUAUCUACUUACCUUAGUAGUUUAUUCUUAAUAUUAGUUACACUAUUUGAUAGUAUUAAUCUACAGUUGUUAAACACAAUUCUACAAAGCCUUUGGUUAUGGAUCAUAUUCUGUAGAGAGUCUUUAUCACCAGUGCUGAUCAACAAUAACCCAUAUCAUUCACUGACUGACAGCAAGGAAUCGCUUCAGAGAGCAGUCUCAAUUUCUAAGCAAAUUCACGAAUAACACAGUAACACAGAGUGGAAAAUAUUACAGAAUCAUCUGAUGUCUACUUUCCUUUCCACUUUGUCCGUUGCCAAGCACAACGCAGCUUAAUACCUCAGUAAAAACGACACUCAGUCCUCCAAACAUUGCUAUAAAUGGACUUUAGGGUUCAGAGGAUUUAUUAGAAAAUAAAUGUAUUGUAAAACUCUUUAACAAGGAGACAUUCGGGAUGGAGACAUUCCUGAAACAUUCAAGUAAUUGUCGAUGUCCCAAAUGGCACCCUAUUCCCUAUACAGUGCACUACUUUUGACCAGAGCCCUCUGGGUCCUGGUCAAAAGUAGUGCACUAAAUAAGGAAGAUAUUGCUAUUUGGGAUGCUGCCAUCGUGUUGAUUUAGUGCUAAGAUCAACUGUGGCAGACCGGAGGCUACACGUGAGGUUUGAGGGCCUUCCUGAGCAGAAUAGGCUAGAGCAGCAGGACCUGGGGCUGUGGGGGAUAUGACACUGUCGUGAUACCAGAAUAGUCUCGUUAAAAAUAUUGAAAUGAAUGGUUUAUUCUCGCUGAGUGGUAUACUUUACUGGAGUUUCACUUAAAGGGGCAAUCAGCAGUGGCUACAUACAUUUUUUGACUUAUAAAUUAAUGAUAUGUACCAAUUGAGUCUUGAAGAAUAUAACUUAUAAAUGCCUCAUGUGCUUAGUUCAACUGUCAUACCCCAUAGCUUCAAAACAUGGUUAAAACUAUAAUUUUGAUGUCAUGGAUGGUCAGUCCUUGCAUCCAAAGCUCUGUCUAUGAAUUUGAGAGUGGUUACAUUUCUCCAGCCCCAUCCCUCAACUUUCAAACGAAACAGGGGCAGGGAGGACCAUUGUUAUUGUUUCUACUGCUGAUUGCCCAUUUAAAAAGUAUCAAUGUGUGUUUCAAAGUGAAACUUAACUGCCCGUUGAGUACUGUAAUGGACUUUCCUUAGCAGCUGUAUGUGUCAGACAUAGUGCUGGUGUGUGGUGCUGACCGCUCCAUCCAGGUGUUGGACAUGAACACAGGGACAGUGGCCUCACAGCUCCCUGAUGCCCACAGCAGAGCUGUCCAUCACAUCACACAGAACAAGGUAAGAAGAGAACCCUGAGCACACAAGUCACAACACAUUCAAAACCAGUACAUAGGCUAGCCUAAACAUUUACCAGGAGGAGGAUUAAUCUGGGUUCAAUAAACUGGCCCUAUAUGUUGUAAAAUGUAUUUGAAUUAUGACUUUUUUAGGAAAUACAUGGAACAGUUCACAUGACAUUGUCGGCUGUUGAAUUGAUUGAGGUGAUGUCACUAUGGUUUUUUUGUCCAGGAAAGGUCAGAGAGAGAUGGCGUUAGUGAUUAAAAUACCACAUAAUGGUUGAGUCUAUAAAAGCUGAAGCCUCAUGAUCUGAGGUCACUUCCUUCCGUCAGUGGGGCUGUGAUGGCACACUCCUCCAUCUCUGGAAAGCACACUGGGUUCCUCGAAAGAUACAGCUUUAUAGGUCAAUAAAGUCACUCUGAAAAUCUGUGAAAGCAAACCCUUUCCUAGUAAUGCGAUGCCAUUUUUUAUUGUAGAUUUGAAUUUGGUGCGUUUGGCUAGCGAAUGUAUUGCAAGUUUGUAUCCUAAAAGUAAUGCAUCACUAUAAGGGAGUUUACCAGAGGACAGAUUGGAGUGGAAGAGUGCACAGUCGGAAUAGGGUGCCAUUUGGGACACAUACUCCUUGUGGAAAAGGGUGCCAUUUGGGACGCAGCCUUUGACUCUUUCACAGUCCUCCCAUGACCCAUAACCUUUCUGGAGGACAUAUGAAAGUGAGCUAGCUUGCCUUGUGCAGGCAUGCAGUGGUACGUCAGCAACACCCAUCUUCUAUCAUACUGGACAGUCAGAGGAUGUAUUCCUUGGCAGACCAGACAUGGGUGUUAUAUGAAAUAUUAUAAACUGGGUGGUUCGAGCCCCGAAUGCUGAUUGGCUGAUAGCCGUGGUAUAUCAGACCAUAUACCACGGGUAUGACAACACAUUUAUGUUUACUGCUCUAAUUACAUUGGUAACCAGUUUAUAAUAACAAUAAGGCACCUCGGGGGUUUGUGAUAUAUGGCCAAUAUACCACGGCUAAGGGCUGUAUCCAGGCACGACGCAAAGAACAGCCCUUAGCCGUGGUAUAUUGGCCAUAUACCACACCCCCUCGUGCCUUAUUGCUUAAAGAUACAGCCUUAACCUACGUUACGUAAGAAACACAGAUAUUUUUCUGGGGAUAAAAGUGUCAGCCUGUGGUGUGAAUGAACAAGACCGUGAUGAGACAGUGGAUGCAUCCUAAAUGGCACCCUAUUGUGCACUACAUUUGACCACAGCCCUAUAGGCCCUUGUUAAAAGUAGUGCACUAUAAAGGGAAUAGGAUGCCAUUUGGGACGUAGUCAGUGUUUCCAAGAGCGAAGGACUCGUCGAGCCAUCAUCUAGAUAAUUAAUCUAUUUUAGGAGUAAAGCCUCACACACACACACACACACACACACACACUGGUUAAAAGUAGUGAACUAUAUGAGGAAUAGGGUGCCAUUUGGGCCAGAACCCAAAAGUGGUCUCAGCCUCAACCAGUGCAUGGAAACAUAUGGAAAUAUCCUGUGUGCAGUAAAUGCAUACAUGUUCAAUAAAUUAUACAAGCGUAUAGGAGGGGUGUGCAUAUCAUUCCAGUCUUCGACAUAACUGUCAAAUAAUUCAACAUGUUUCAGAGCUGUUUCUAUUUAAAAUGUUAUAUAUUAUUUCAUAUACAAGACCAAGUUAUAUCUAUGAAAACCAGCCAGUUUUGUAACAAUAGGAAUAUCUAUAAGUUGCCAUGUUUUAUGUCUCUGAGAUAUAUUGGCUGGAAUAUUUAAUCGCUUACAGACAAACAGACAGUAGAUAGGGGGACAGACAAAUUAACAGACAUUUUGACAGACAGAAAAACAGGCAGACAGACAGAGACUGACACAUGGGCAGACAAGCAGACAGACAGACAAUGAUCAUGGUGUUGAACUAGGUGAAACUGGAGCAACAGGGGGACUGCAUGGUUGCACCCAUUGACCCUACUUUGUUUAUUGUGAAGAGGGGCCACGGAUCUGCUCCCGUGUUGACCUGACCCCCCAACACAGCCCUUCGCCACACACACACACACAUGCUGCAUUGUCAUCACUCAGAGAACACACACACAGUCACCGAGGCAGUAGCCUGGAUUAGCUGGGUGAACUGCACCUAGUGGCCUGGCUUAACUUGCAUUAACCCAUCCCGAUCCUUCCUUCAGCUGGGAACCACUCUCCCACACCACCUGCUCUCCCACCACCUGUCUCCCUCGGCCCAAAAACGUCUGGCACCCUUCUCCCUCACGCAACAUAGGAGAGCAUAGAAUGUAGGUAGCGUCACAAAUGGCAGCCUAUUCCCUAUAUAGUUCACUACUUUUGAGGCAAGAGGGUGUCAGUAGAGUGAGAGUCAGUAGAGGGUAAAGUAGUGCACUAUAUAGGGAAUAGGGUGCCAUUUGGGAUGCAGACACAGUGUGAUAGUCUCUUUUCACCUUGUAUUUUCCCAGUCACGCCACCCCAUUGUGUGCAGUGCAUUGUGGGCCGGUUGUACCGGCCAUGGCAUGCUGACCCGUGUUGACUCAGGUGGGGUCAUCCCUCUUUCUGGGUGCCUUAGGGCUAUGGGGCCACCUGGGCGCUGCCUGGGGGUCUUAGGGACAGUGCAGGGCAGAGGGGCCAGAGGGUUAAUGCCUCAGGAUCAUCAUGGGGAAUGUCUAUCUGUGCCUGGAAAGACUGUGUACUUAACAUAGCACACACAUAUACACACACUAGUGAUGCGUGGAUUGACUCAUAACGCGUAGUCCCAGCGGUUAUAUCUGCAGGGUUGGGUUUAGGGUCAUUAAAUAUUGUGUGGAUGAAGGGCGGGUGGUUGGCGUGUGGGUUGAAUAUAGAGAAAACAAUACCUUAAAAAAUCCUUAAAUGUAUCAUUCUUGUACAAUUUAUAUCUAUAGGCUACAUUAAGGUUUUUCUUUCAUUAUUUUAGGCUAUAUUGCAUUAGUGAGUAAGCCUAAGCUUUAGGCCCUAGCUGUACGCUUGUCAAAUAGCCUAUAUGCCAAUCGCCAAAAUACUUUUGGGAACAGGCAGAAAAAGUGAACGUCGAUCCACGAGGCAAAAAGGACAAUGUUGGAGUUUAAUUCAAUAAGAAAAAAACUGUAAAAUGGAGAGUUGAAAAUAAAGAGAAGGGAGGGCCAGAAAAGUAAUGUUUGGGAAAGAUUUAGUGAAGUGGUAAAAGAGGAUGAUAGCAGUGCCGGUUGUGAUGAUUGUGAGGCACUAUACAAAUUCGACAGUCACAAGACGGGGACUUCAAAUAGGCCUAUGGCACGUCAAGGGAACUGUAGCCUACUGUUCAGAUGGGUUACAUGAAAACUGAAAUCUGGACACUGACUGUCGGUCUAUAACCUCUCACAAAGCCUUAAUAUUAACUUCUGCAGAAUUAAGCAUUUCUUGCAGUAAAAUUAUACACCAAAUGUUGGCAACAUUUUGACUCAGGAACAGGAGUGGAGAAAUAUGAUUGAUUUAUUUCAGCAUGUUGAGAAAAUAUGAAUGCGCAGUUAGAUACCGUCUGUAGAGGUGCUGUCUUUAUCAGCAUCAUAAAAGCUGAUAGUAUUUCAACCACAUAAAAUAUGCACCCAAGCUGAACUGAAAUCUUAUCAGAAACAUGUUGGGUUGUUUUCACAGCUUUCUAUUUCCUUACAACCGGUCAAACUGAUGUAAUUUGGACAUUUUGCACAGAAAAUCUUUCCUUUUUUUUUUUUUGUUAUUGCAUUUUCUUCCCGGUCCCUAAACGUCUUUGCUCCGUGAAAGAAGCAGAGAUGACAGAGAACUUUACUGAUGUGAACUAGAUAGAAUACCCUUUUCAAUCAUUAAUGAUCAUUAUUUAGUCUUCUUGGGCAACAUAUAAUGACAGAAGAGAAGCUGCAUGUAUAUAAUUACAGACAAGUUGACUAACAAAUACCCAACCAAAAUGUUGGAAAUUAUAAGCAGAAAUCAGACAGAAACAACUCUGCACCCCCUGUUUAAAAAUCUUCCCGCUCUCUGACUGCAGCCUACAGCACAUUUUCUAUAUUAGCGGGUUAGUCGGGUGUGGGCCUCAGAUUUUCACAUACUGUCGGGCAGUUGUGGAUGGGUGAUUGUCAAUUGCAGGCGGGUGCGGGUGAACAAAAAGCUGACCCACACACACACUUGCACACAUACGAGCUCAAUCACACACACACACACACACACAGCAUACAUAACAUAGCCAACAUCCCCCUCUCCUCACCUAAUCUCCUCCCCUCACUUUCUCCCUAACCUUAUCCCUGGGCUGGCUUGGGUACUUGCACCAAGCAACAUUUUUUAAUAAAGGUAAAUCAAUAUAAAUAAAGCUGUUUAUAAGAUGUGUUGCUUACCACCAAAAAAGUAUUAAAGAGUUCAAUGUAGAGGGAUGUGUUUGCACCCUAUCUCUCUAUAUUGACUGGACAUGUGGCUCAGACAUUGUGAACUGAAGCAGCUUCUCCAGCACUGCUUCAACUUUCCAUCCUUUCCUUUGUAUGCUCUGCAAAGAUCACCUGGAAAUCGUCAGAUCAGAGCCGAGGCACUUCUCGGAAAUUACAACUUGAAAUGCCCUCUCAGACUCACUUUCCCACACUCUUAAUGGAAACCUAAACAAAACGAACCUCCGCUCCUUCAUUGUGCAUCAUCAAAUAAUCUGGUAUAAAAGUCAUAAAUUGACCCCAUGAAUAUCCCUAAAGGGCAAGAUGUUUUAGUGAGUGAAGAAACGGCCUCAGUCCAAGUCUGCGUCCAAAAUGACACCAUAUUCCCUAUAUAGUAGACUACUCUUGAUCAGCUCUGGUCAAAAGUAGUGCACUACAGUGCCUUGCAAAAGUAUUCAUCCCCCUUGGUGUUUUUCCUAUUUUGUUGCAUUACAACCUGUAAUUUAAAUGGAUUUUUAUUUAGAUUUCAUGUAAUGGACAAACACAAAAUAGUCCAAAUUGGUGAAGUGAAAUGAAAAAAAUAACUUGUUUAAAAAAAAAUUGAAAAGAUAAAUAACAGAAAAGUGGUGUGUGCAUAUGUAUUCACCCCCUUUGCUAUGAAGCCCCUAAAUAAGAUCUGGUGCAACCAAUUACCUUCAGAAGUCACAUAAUUUGUUAAAGUCCACCUGUGUGCAAUCUAAGUGUCACAUGAUCUCAGUAUAUAUACACCUGUUCUGAAAGGCCCCAGAGUCUGCAACACCACUAAGCAAGGGGCACCACCAAGCAAGCUGCACCAUGAAGACCAAGGAGCUCUCCAAACAGGUCAGGGACAAAGUUGUGGAGAAGUACAGAUCAGGGUUGGGUUAUAAAAAAAUAUCCGAAACUUUGAACAUCCCACGGAGCGCCAUUAAAUCCAUUAUAAAAAAAUUGAAAGAAUAUGGCACCACAACAAACAUGCCAAGAGAGGGCCACCCACCAAAACUCACGGACCAGGCAAGGAGGGCAUUAAUCAGAGAGGCAACAAAGAGACCAAAGAUAACCCUGAAGGAGCUGUAAAGCUCCACAGCGGAGAUUGGAGUAUCUGUCCACAGAGUUGGGCUUUACGGAAGUGUGGCCAGAAAAAAAACAUUGCUUAAAGAAACAAAUAAGCAAACACGUAUGGUGUUCGCCAAAAGCCAUGUGGGAGACUCCCCAUACAUAUGGAAGAAGGUACUCUGGUCAGAUGAGACUAAAAUUGAGCUUUUUGGCCAUCAAGGAAAACGCUAUGUCUGUCGCAAACCCAACACCUCUCAUCACCCCGAGAACACCAUCCCCACAGUGAAGCAUGGUGGUGGCAGCAUCAUGCUGUGGGGAUGUUUCUCAUCGGCAGGGACUGGGAAACUGGUCAGAAUUGAAGGAAUGAUGGAUGGCGCUAAAUACAGGGAAAUUCUUGAGGGAAACCUGUUUCAGUCUUCCAGAGAUUUGAGACUGGGACGGAGGUUCACCUUCCAGCAGGAUAAUGACCCUAAGCAUACUGCUAAAGGAACACUUGAGUGAUUUAAGGGGAAACAUUUAAAUCUCUUGUAAUGGCCUAGUCAAAGCCCAGACCUCAAUCCAAUUGAGAAUCUGUUGUAUGACUUAAAGAUUGCUGUAUAACAGCGGAACCCAUCCAACUUGAAGGAGCUGGAGCAGUUUUGCCUUGAAGAAUGGGCAAAAAUCCCAGUGGCUAGAUGUGCCAAGCUACAGACAUACCCCAAGAUACUUGCAGCUAUAAUUGCUGCAAAAGGUGGCUCUACAAAGUAUCGACUUUGGGGGGGUGAAUAGUUAUGCAUGCUCAAGUUCAGUUUCACAAUAAAAAGUUGUUUCCAUUCCAGCAGUCAGCAGAGUAAUGCAGCUACAGGCUCUCAGCACCCUAUUCAGGUGUGACUACUCUCUCUCUCUCUCUCUCUCUCUCUCUCUCUCUCUCUCUCUCUCUCUCUCUCUCUCUCUCUCUGUCUCUGUCUCUCUCUCUCCUCUCUCUGUCUCUCUCUCUCUCUCUCUCUCUCUCUUCUCUCUCUCUCUCUCUCUCUCUCUCUCUCUCUCUCUUCUCUCUCUCUCUCUCUCUGUCUCUCUCUCUCUCUCUCUUUUCUCUCUCUCUUCUCUCUCUCUCUCUCUCUCUCUCUCUCCUCUCUCUCUCUCUUCUCUCUCUCUCUCUCUUUAUUAUUAUGAUUAUUUUUACCCUUAUUUGACCAGGUAAGUUGACUGAGAACACAUUAUUAUUUACAGCAAUGACCUGGGGAAUAGUUACAGGAGAGAGGAAGGGGGAUGAAUGAUCCAAUUAGAGGCUGGGGAUGAUUAGGUGGACAUGAUGAUAUGAGGGCCAGAUUGGGAAUUUAGCCAGGACACCAGGGUUAACACCCCUACUCUCUCACAUUCAGGGGUUAUCUCUACUGUCUCUCUCUUUCCAAAUGUUUCAGGCCAGGUCUCCCUUCAUUUGGACUACCUGUUUAACACAAAAGUCAGGGUGCUAAAUUACCCAGCGAUUAUUCUUUGCAGCCUUAUGUAUAUAAAUUAUGAAUAAUAUAUGUAUUAUAGAACAGGGUUUUUUUAGAAGGACACACCGUAGCAAAACGUUUUGCCACAGAAAAUGAAAUCUGUGGUCUUCGGACACGUUUGGGUAGUACCUCCCUGUUUCACCCUGUUUAAAAUGUGUUCUUUCUACUUAACUUGACACAUAAUUAUUUUAUAUUAAUUACAUUAAAUUUAACAUUAAAGAUGGAAUCUGCAGUAGGGGAAACAGCAUGUAAAAAAAAAAGUGCAGUACAUAUUGCUCUCGUCUAUUGCGCGUGCAAUGUUGACCAAGGGGAAAAAACAGUGUUUGUCAUUUGCAGUAACUUCUUUGUUGUUCUAAUAUCUUAAACGGAAGUGUCUGUUUCACCAUUAAGGAUUCCAGCUUUAAUAUCUUCUUUGUUUAUUUGUUUAUCCUCCAGGGCUCUAUGUUCUGUAGCCAGACUUCAGACUCCUACAACCUCUUCCUGACCAGCGCAGUGACAGACGGAGUUAAGCUGUGGGACCUGAGGACACUCAGGUUGGUUGGUCAAACUCUACUGGUUCUUACUCUGUUCUUAACCACUGUUAACCUAUUCUCCUCUACUGAAUCUCACUGUGGCAACACUCACUCUCAACCACUGCUGACUGUGAUGAGGUGAUUUCGAAGGAGUCAGGCGCAGGAGGGUAAAUCACAGAAUAACAGGAUUUAUUCUGAAACACAGAGUUACGGAGUAAUGCGUCAAAACACCCCAGUGUGCAAAACAGGCACACUGGAAAAUACAAGGCACACGGGGAAAUAUCCCGGCGAACACAAAAUACGCGGAGCUCCACCAAGCUUCUCUUUCCUCCACAAUAAACAAUCACACACAAAGACAAGGGGGCAGAGGGAACACUUAUACAGGUACUGAUGAGGGGAUAUGAAGCAGGUGUGUGUGAACAACAAGACAAAGCCAAUGGAAUGAUGAGAUGAGGAGCGGCAGUGGCUAGAAGGCCGGUGACGACGAACGCCGAAGCCUGCCCUGUCACGGAUUCUGCUGAGACUGCCCUUCCUUCUGGCUCGGGCAGGCUUCGGCGUUCGUCGUCACCGGAGUACUAGCUGCUGCCGCUCUAUGUUAUAUGUUUCUAUGUUCACUUGAUUGUUGUCUGUUGUUGCGCACCUGUUCCCCAUUAUGUUAGUUUGUCUGCCUAUUUAACCUGUACACGUCCACUGUUUGGUGUGCGUGUUUAUUUUAUGCUACGAGUGUCAUUAUUGUGAGCGGGUUUUGCUCCUCCUUUGUUGUUUUGGAGGAUAUUCUUUGUAUUUCUUUACUACUCAGUAAAGUGAUUCUUCAUCUCAUUCUGUAUCCUGCGCUUGACUCUGGCCUACUGCAUUCCACCGACAUUCGUGACAUGCCCGAACAAGGAGAGGUGGCAGCUUCGGAGGAAGUCGUGACACUGACUCUCACCCUCAACUGACUCACCCUCAACUGACUCACCCGCAACUGGCUCUAACCCUCAACUGGCUCUAACCCGCAACUGGCUCUAACCCGCAACUGGCUCUAACCCGCAACUGGCUCUAACCCGCAACUGACGCUCACUCUGGCACACCGCACCAUGGUUGCCCUAUUUCUCAUGCAGUUGGAAUCACUAAUCCUUUUCACUCACACACACUUGAUUUUUCACAUUUUUCAGACUUUGAUUACUGAUUAA